GUCUCGUUUUUCUUGGAAACCGAAGACCCCUUACAGGAAGGUGUAAGGGAUAUUUCAUACACCAAAGAGUAUAUAAUUUUACACCGAACAUUCAUAUUCUCUUUCACCAUGGAAGACAACCUCUUGAACGAGUGUUCCGAUUAACCUAGAACACUUCUACGAGAAUAUAUUCGAAACUCUAUCGAGAUGGAGAUUUCACAUCGCGCGUUGUUGUAGUUUGUAUUUGAAGGUUAAGGAACUGAGCGCCGUUGAUUUGAAAAGUAAAUUAAUUGAUUUGAUUGUAUAAAAAUAUUGGUAAUGGCGCUCUGUAGUAGCGUAUUUUCUACGGUGUGUUGCAGUCAAAAAUGUAUUAGUCGAAGUAUAGCAGUUCAGGCUUUAGUAGUACAAUUAAGGUGCCAUCGUUUCUACGCUACCGCACCCAAAAGAUUUUAUCGUAAGACUGGUGUGAUCCACAGUAAUGGGAAUUAUGAAAUUACUUUGGAUCAAAGGAAGUUGAAGACGCCUCAAGGAAACCCUUUUAUUGUUCAUAAUGAACCUCUAGCAUUAGCUGUGGCAGCAGAAUGGGAUGCUCAGAAAGAAAAAAUCCAACGUAGCACCAUGCACCUGACUGCUCUUUGCAGCACUGUCAUAGACAAUCCCACAAAACAAUCCAAGUUUGAUCUGGUGCAGUCACUCAUGAAUUUCCUGGAAACAGAUACUGUUCUUUUCCAUUCUGAGGAGGAAGAUGAACUAUAUGAUCUUCAGAAAAAAGAAUGGAGUCCCAUAAUUGAUUGGUUUUGUCAACGAUAUGAAGUUUCUAUCAGACCAUCUCGAGUCAUUGAAGGACCAGUAGUUUCUGAAGAAAUUAAGGCCACUAUUUCAAGGCAUCUUUUGUCGUAUAAUAUAUGGGCAAUUCAUGGUUUUGCAUUUGGAAUAGAUGCAAUCAAGUCCCUUAUUCUUACCUUGUGCUGUGCAGAUCGAUACAUUAAUAUCAACACUGCUGUACUCUUGUCAAGAUUAGAGGAGGAAUAUCAGACUGGUCGAUGGGGAAGAGUGGAGUGGGCCCAUGACAUUAGCCAAAUGGAAACUCAGGCAAGAUUGGCCGCAGCUAUCCUCUUUAUUCACCUGAACUCCUCCUCAUAUGUUGUUCAAGCAAAGCAGUUAUGAAAGAUGUAGAUCAAGAGACCAAUCUUAUUUUAAUUUUAAACUUCAAUUAUGUAAAUAAAAGUGACUUUUGUUUGUUUUAUCGUGUUUCAUCCCUACAUAGAUUAAAUUAAACCCUAUAUCUUGACCUCCAACUUCUAUUUAUGGUUCAACAGCACUUAGUUUUGCUCUUGGCAUAUCUCUGAAACUAAUCGGACACUUUUUGUAGAUCAAUGAGUGAGAGAGAAGGAGAUGAAAGUCAACAAGCACGAUCACAGAUGAUGAAAAUAUCAACAUUUGUAAGAAAAUAAAAUCUGUAUUGGGGGUUACUAAACCAACUAAUUUUGUCAAAAAUCCAAAGAUAUAUUUUUUACAUGUGUGAUAUACUUUCUCUGUAUUAAAUGCUGGAGAAAGUAAAAGUGUUCAUAGAGACUCUUCUAUCAACUUCAGUGUAGAUAUUGUGUUCUUAAAGAACAGACAUAUACACAGCUAUUUAACAAACAUUAUUUAAUUUCCAAAAUUUUGCAUGUAGUAAAUAAUAAUUGUGGUACGGUAAUAAUCACGGUACAAAAGAGCAUUGUUUAAAACAUUUAUAAAAUAUGUUAAUAAAAGUUUUAACAAUUUUGUAAUGUCCAAGACAUUUAUCACCAUUUUAUGGAAUACAAUAAAAGUAGAGUAUUUUUUCAGAACAUACAAAUUAAUUUAUCAAAGACACACGUAAUACUUUUGCUAUCACUGAUUUAAACUAAUAAAUGAAAAAAUUACUUUUGUAACUCUACACACACACACACGAGGGAAAGACCCACUGUUGUUAUUCUGCUAAUUUC